AUGGAAUGGAAAGACGGCCCCCUUGGGUACUACAAGUCUGAGUCCGUCAUCGGAUGGGUGGCAUCUUUCUUCACGGUCGCUGGUGUAAUAUACGGCGUCUGGGCCGCUCAGUGGGUGCUCCGUCUUCGCCGCUCAACUGCACACCUAGGAUCUGUCUGCCAAGAUGAGGAGGAAAUGGGAUGUUUUGUCGCCGAUAUCCCGGGUGAAAGACGAAGGCUGUGGCCUUUUUUCAUCGGAAAGACACCAAAACCUCGUCUCCCGACAGUCUCCAGUAUCAUGAGAGCUGGAGAUUAUGGUGUGUUUACUUCGGCCAUGUUUGAGUGGGUUCCAUAUAAUCGCCGACAUGUUACAUGGAGACCUCUUUAUGAAGCCUUUUUCGAGGAAUGUAUAUGGGCUCAAGAAUGGCCAGUUAAGAGUUGUACUCCGCAAUGGAACUUGGAAGGUUUGGAUCUACGGUCUAUAAGAUAUGUCACACAAAUUCUAGACGCCGCCAAGGAAAAGGUAUGGAGCAAAAUGUACCGACCUAAGUUCCAGUGCAUUGCACACAUACAAUUCCGGUUGUUUAGUUUUCUUUCUGCUGUUGGAUUAUCAAAACUUUAUCCGCAUCGCAUUACACUUAAGGAGGAUGAAGUUCAAACGAUCGAUCGACACCUCCUAUAUUAUCCGUGGACGCUCAUAAAAAAUGGCAAAGGUUAUACAAACAGAAUAGGAAGCUUUAAACCUGUCGGUCCUAUUUUAAUUAGCAGCCACAUUGAGCUUGAGACUCUUGAAAUUAACGGAGCUACUCGACAUUUUCCUGAGAUUCGGGCGAAUGAAUUUGAACCCGUGAGAAUUCACGCUGGCAAACCCUGCAUCGAAGUGUCCGAAGAGGAGAUUUCGGCGUUGUCUAUUGGACUCGGACUGGAACUCGAGGAGACGGAGCACUUCUUACCUCACGGAAUAGGCGCUUUCGGAACUCUCUUAUCCUCAGAGGCAGACGACUGUUGGACGAAGCUCAAGCUCACUUACCAUCGACGCCAACUCACACAACUAAUUGCGGGUGGCGGAUAUUCAAUGCUGUUUGCAAAACACAUGGCUUGCGGGUGCUUACCAUUUGCGUUCCGUGGUGACGAAGUCCAAACUAUCUUCAUUACGGAGGAUGUCCUAGCAUGCCUCAGAGAAGGGUCAUCAAUCCAUGACAAUCCUCCGAAGCCUAUCCCCAAUGAGACUUACAUCCAUCGAUUGCCUGGCCACUUAAAGAUUAACUACUAUUAUGGUAAGGGCACUGUAUCUGACUCUGACACUGGCGACAUUCAAAUACAUAGUUGGACUCUCGAGGAAACUAGCCUUGAGCGAAAAGUUGCCGGGAGCUGGUGCGAAGCAGUUACGCGAAUCGCCUUCGGAGGGCUUGUACCUAUGGCAACUUCCCCACUAAUCAGGGCGGUGGCAUUCACAGUUGGCCAGGCACCCCAAGCCACUGACACAGAUUGGGAGAAAUUAAUAGAGUUAUUCAAUAUGCUUAUGAAUAAGGUCAUGGAACAGUGGGACAAAACUAUUAAAGGAGAUGUACCCCUUUUCGGAAGCAAGCAAAGAAGACUCCAUCAAUUGAUGCAAGAACAACGGAGCAUUGAUUUCAGCAACUUGGGCCUCCGCACUAGAGAGAUUGUGAUACAAUUAGCUAAGCUUACAACACUUUUGGAAUCUCUGCUAGCGCUAGGAGGUGCCGUCUAUCACUGGUCUGUUACAACCUCGGACACCAGACGCAAGGAGGUCUUUGACGCAUGCGUGAUUAGAGUAAGGGCAACUUACUCGAACAGCCUCCAACGCCAAAAGCAGCAGUGUACCUCUUCACCAUGCCCGACAUAUUUGAUGCCAACUCCUAAUGUCCUAGCUAUUCUUGAAGACGCUAUUGAAGAACUUGACGAGACAAGGGCAUGUUCCGUUGAAACAUGUGCAGACGUGGCUAUGUGCGUUAUCAUCGUCUGGACAGGACUUGUGAAGAGAGUCCACUGGGAGAAAGUGGAAAAAUUAAGUGGGUCGGGUAAAGGGACCGAUAUAAUUAGCCGUGACAACGUACAAACGGCGGCGAGUUGUCAGUGUGGGUGCACUGAUGGAAGAGGCAAGAAUCCGCAGGACAGUGAAGCUAAUAUUUAUACGCCAGUCCGUAUGGAAUCACUCCCAGAUGUCGCAGUCUGGGAGUGA